AUGCGUUUCAUUUCUGCCACCUUUGUGAUGUUGAGCAUUCUUUAUGUUUCCCAAGUAGACUCAACUCUUCAAAUAAGCAAUGGUGACCUAACCCCCAGAGCACCAGCACCGGCCCAAGCAAGUGCUUCUGCAUCCGCAACUCCCAAGACACGUCGAGAAUUGAAUGCCCGCUCACCGUCCCCAGCCCAAGCUAGCGCUUCAGCAGCACCCAAGACUCGUCGUGCAUUGGACACUCGUUCACCAGCACCGGCCCAAGCAAGUGCUUCUGCAUCUGCGACCCCCAAGAAUCGUCGAAACUUGAAUGCUCGCUCACCAUCCCCGGCCCAAGCUAGUGCCUCAGCAGCCCCCAAGACCCGUCGUAAAUUGGACGCUCGGUCACCAGCACCGGCCCAAGCAAGUCCUUCUGCAUCUGCGACCCCCAAGAAUCGUCGAAACUUGAAUGCUCGCUCACCGUCCCCGGCCCAACCCAGCGCUUCAGCAGCCCCCAAGACCCGUCGUGCAUUAGACACGCGUUCACCAGCGCCAGCACAAGCCAGUGCCUCAGCAACCCCCAAGACGCAAUGA